AUGGUGUUUAUGGACUAUGCACAAACAAUGGACUUGAGGAGGGAGUUGGAAGGAACUAGGGCCGAGGUGAUCUGUUUGGGCUCUGAUACCUACGCUGAAAGUAUCCGCAGAUGGAGCGAUACAUGUGAAAAAGAAGCAGGCGCUGUUGUUAACGUCAGAUCGACAGAUGAAGUCGCGAUUGUGGUCAACUUUGCGCGAAGGAACCAUGUAGAAUUUGUUGCAGAAGGAGGCGGCCACUCCACCACGGGGGCAUCUGCCACCCAUGGCGGGAUUGUUAUCAGCAUGACCAAGAUGAGAAAGGUAUUGACGGAUCCUGCUUCCAAGACAGUUUGUGUCCAGGGAGGUGCCACCUGGGACGAAGUCAACCAAGCGACAGCACCACAUAGACUCGCCGUGGUAGGGGCCACCGCCAGCCGAACUGGAGUCGGAGGAUCAACGUUGGGUGGAGGAUAUGGUUGGCUGACGGGACGAUAUGGUCUCAUAAUUGAUAACCUGAUCAGCGUGAAGAUGGUCCUGGCGGACGGUAGCGUGGUCGAGGCGUCUGAAAAUGCUCAUAAGGAUCUCUUCUGGGCAAUUCGCGGUGCUGGACAAGCGUUCGGGGUCGUUACGGAGUUUGUUUUCCAAGCUCACGACCUCCCUGAUGAAGUCUUUGGGGGUCUACUAUACUUCACAGUGGACAAACUCCCGAAUAUUGUUGACUUUGCGAACUGGUUCCAUGAGAUGCAGGAUGAAAACAGUGGGUUAUUUUUCGGGUUCACGGCGCCUUCUGCUGUCGAUCAGUCAGUUGUUAUGGCAAUACCGUUCUACAAUGGGACUCGUCAAAAAGCCGAGAUCUUCUUCGCACCGCUACUGGCGUUGCAUCCGGUCCUGAACAAGACGGCGAUGAUGUCUUAUGUUGACUUGAAUCGAAUUUCCAAUGUCGAUCCAAGCCCAGAGGGCCGCAAGUGCGUUAGUGGUGCUAAUAUAGUAUUUCCCGUGGAGACUAUGCUCGUUCACCAACUCUGGGGCCAGUUCGAUAAGAUCAUGGAAAACCACCCAAGGAUGGGACAUAGCGUGCUUGCAUUUGAGCUGAUUCCUUAUGGCAAGGUAAUCAGCGUGCCGAUUGAGACAACUGCUUGCGCCAAUCGAGGACGGUUUUAUAAUGUGGGAUUGUUGCUAGUUUGGUACGAUCCGGAGCAGGAUUCGAUCAUGCGUCUAUAUGAACGCUCUAUUAUAUCCAAGAUUGAACACGCACAAUGCGAGGAGAGACUGGAAGAUAAUGUUGACGCAUAUCCUAACUAUGCUGGGCAUGAAGUUGGUGCAAAGUACCUGUUCGGUUCUAAUUUACCGCGGCUUCAGGAGCUAAAGAAGAUCUAUGAUCAACAUAAUGUAUUCCACAAGUGGCAUAACUUGCUGUCCCAUACAGAAGUUCGCCCUGUAUAACAUGGGGUUUGAUUGGGGUGGUUCGGGCUUCCAAUCCAGUAAGAGGUUACCUGGUUCCUGAGUAUCGGUACAGGUCUAAGCCUCAAAAGGAGAACAAGGUAUGGAUUCUAGGAACCUCACCAGAAUAUGUUUUCCAUUCAAACUACGCACUAAAAGCUAUACUUACUGAAGAAGUGGGUGUUUCGGAAGACAAAAGGCCAAUUAAUUCCGUGCACAGUGUAAAAUGUGUUCUAGAAGAGAUUUCAUGUUCUACUAGUCAUGCGUGAAUAGUCAAUAUAUGCAAAACUGAC